UGUCGACAUUUCAUACAUACAGCAAACGACGUUCAUUGCCACUAAAAACGGCAGUGCGCGGCACGCCGAUACACACACGUACAGGACCACCGCCUGUCCCUCUCAGCACCAGAUUUUAUCAAAACGCUCUACGCAGCAUCGCCAGUCACCACCAUCAUCAGCCCAACACUGACCUUCAGAACUGACGCCCUCGACGCCGUUUUCAAUAUCGUUUACGCUUCUGUUACUCGAGACGGAGAGGGCCAAAGCGAAAGACCAUGAUGUGGGACGAGUGGGACGACGCUCAGCCCGAAGAAACCCAAUCGCCAGACCAGGACUCCUAUCUCAAUUUCGAUUUUCUUUCUCUUCUCUCAAAACCCAAGGAUUACUAUAAAAUUUUGGAAGUGGAUUAUGAUGCUACUGAUGAUGCAAUUCGCUCCAAUUAUAUACGUCUUGCACUGAAAUGGCAUCCGGAUAAGCACAAAGACGGGGAUAGCUCCACUUCUAGAUUUCAAGAGAUAAACGAGGCUUAUCAAGUUUUGAGUGAUCCUGUCCAAAGGCGAGAAUAUGACAAGAAGGGGAUGCUGCAUUUUUAUGACUAUAAUAUCAUUGAUUAUCUUAACCGAUACAAGGGCCUCAUAUUAACUUGCAAUGGCUUGGGAAUCAAGCAUUCAAUUUGGUAAAAGCAGAAGGAGGACAGUUUUUCCUUUAUCUUGUACAUCUGUCUUGGAGAUAUUAACCGUGAAUAUGUACAAAAUAAAACAAGAAAAUAUCCACUCCUUUCUGCAGCUCACGCUUGUCCAAUUUGUGCUAGGUAAAAAUUGUAUGCAUCAGUUGUAGAGAUCGGAGAGUAGUGGAAAAUCUCAAAACUUUUAAGGUUCAACUAAAUGCGGGGGUAUGUUAAAAUGUAUUCAAUCUCCUAUAUUAAUUAAAAUAUACGAGUGUGUGUAGUAAAAUUGUGAGUAGAUGCCUGCUUGAUAAUGGUUUAGGCAAACAAAA